AUGCCGGGAUCCUUGCAGAAGCUUGCACAUGCACAGGUUGCACAACCUUAUGCGAGCCUUGUUCCUGCCCGCACGCGGCCCAUGCCUGGUAGUUUGCUGAGCAAGCUCUUGCCCGUGGCGACAAGCUUGGAGGAGCUGACGCCACCAAGGCCGCCAACCAAGGUGCGUGUGAUUUCGCCUGAGCUCCGGGAUGAACUCCAGGCGAGAGCUUUGGCGAUGGAGCUCGCGAAAAAGUCGGGCAAAUCCCUCGACGAGGCGAUGCAGGAAGACGUUGACACGCUCGGCAAUGCGAUGAAUGCACUGGCAGGGCAAGGGAAGGGUGUCCGUCGGAGGCCCUUCGGGCCACCUGGCCUGGCAGGACCUGCAGGCAGAAGCUAUGGUGGCUAUGGCGGCAGGGGUCGUGGCAGUGGCUAUGACCGCUAUGACCGCUACGGUGGUGGAGGCUACGGGCCUGAUGGCGCCUACGGCUCUCCCAACGGUCGACGUCGGCGCCGGCCACGGGGCUUCCCAUACCAGGGAGACCAAGACGGAUUGGGAAGCCCAGGCCGGAGACUUGUGAACUCAGGCAAUGGCCCACGAAUGGGUGGCGGCGUCAACGGGCAGUAUGGAGGGCUUUCACUUCCCGAGGGCAAGGUGAAAGACUUCAAGCUCGCGCCGCCCGACGUGGUUCCAUGGGAUGGAGAAAUCGAGCAUGGACCUUGCGACCCCGAUGACGUCUUCAGCGUGAGGGAUCCGUUGCGGAAGAUUGCCCCACUCUUGAUCGGAUCCGGAUGCGAGAAGUAUGUCAUGGAUGCAGACAAGAUGCUAAACGACCUGCCGACCGAUCGCGACCUUAGCAGAAUGCCAGCAUGCAAGAACAACUUCCUCGUCAAGAAGACGGCGAAAACUGUCUACAAAGUUGAGAAAUGCGCGGAGAAGGCCGUGAUGCGAGCGGAGCACGUGAACCUUACGCAGGAGGAGCAGAUCAAGGAGAGCAUUGGAUGCUGGUUGCAGAGUUGUGCCUUCUUCUGCAAGCCAGAGAGUGCAACUGCACGGUUUCCGUCUGAGGCAGUGUCUUCAGGGUACCGGGUGUCUGACCAGCAAGCCUGGCAAAAUCGCCGGAAGCGCGUUCUGAUACCGCGCAGCAGUUUUUCGAUGCCCUCGAAGUUCGCCGGCCAUGCGAAGAUGACGAAAAAAGAUUGGCAAGACUUCGAUAACAGCGACGCUGCUGGGGCCAUCUCCCAGAAUUGGGGCGGCGGCCCUGGCUCCAAAGGCAGCACAGAGACGUGGCUGGGACGGAACGGCCGCUUCGGGCAUGGCCCCUAUGGCCACUAUGGCCCACACUGGCAUAACGGCCGAUACAUGCAUGGGUUUCCCGGCCCAGGCGGCUACGGUCCCGGCGGAUUCGGACACGGGGAUAAGUACGGCGCACGGCCACAUCCCAAGCGACCCUUGCAGCCAGGCAUGGCGCAGGGCGGCAUGAAUGGUGCCGCUGGCGGCAGUGGAAUGGGCUCUGAGGGCGAUCUGACGCCCAAGCAACAGCACGAACAGGCUGUGAUGGAUCGUGCAAAAGAGCUGGCCAAGGCCAAUGUGGACGUCCCAGGUCCUUUCAGGACGGGGAAGCACCUGGAGGAGCUGCAGAGCGGAGCUUCCGCCACCAGCGCGGCCCCUGAAGCUUCUCGGCUGAGGCCUAUCUACCCCUAUCCGCAGCCUCCCAUCCUGGAGAGUGAGACCGCGUCCGUCACCACGCCCUGA